AUGGCGCCCUCCGGCCCCAUAACAACGCCAUUCACGACCCUCAUGGGCAUCAAGCAUCCCGUGGUGCUGGCAGGCAUGGCGCGUGUAUCUGGCGGAGAGCUCGCGGCCGCCGUGUCGAACGCGGGCGGCCUCGGCAUCAUCGGCGGUCUCCAGUACACCCCGGACCAGCUGCGCGAAAUCAUUGCUGAAAUGAAGGCCAACUUUGCUCGGCCUGACUUGCCAUUCGGCGUUGAUCUCGCGAUCCCAAAGGUCGGUGGAAACGCGCGGAAGACGAAUCAUGACUAUACCCACGGCAAGCUCGAUGAGCUUAUCGACAUUACCAUUGAGAGCGGCGCAAAGCUGUUCGUCUGUGCAAUUGGGCUCCCGUCGAAGCGUAUCAUCGACAAGCUCCAUGAGAAUGGUGUGUUGGUGAUGAACAUGGUUGGGCACCCUAAGCACGCGGUCAAGGCCCUAGAUCUUGGUGUCGACAUGGUUUGUGCCCAGGGUCACGAAGCUGGCGGGCACACCGGCGAUAUCACCACGUCUAUUCUGAUCCCGGCCGUCGUGGAUAUUGCCCGCAACUAUAAGCCUCCGAUGCUCAAGGGCUCGACGGCUCUGGUUCUCGCCGCAGGUGGCAUCAGCAACGGCCGUGGUCUUGCGAGCUCCCUGAUGCAGGGGGCCGCUGCUGUUUGGGUGGGAACGCGGUUCGUGGCAUCGACCGAGGCCAACACGAGCGAGGAACACAAGCAGGCCGUCGUGGCCUGCGAUUACCACGAAACAGAGAGGACCCUUGUCUUGUCUGGCCGACCCCUGCGAAUGAGACCAAACGAUUAUAUCAAGAGGUGGCACAGCCAGCCACAGGAUGUGCAGGCUCUUUGCGAUCGCGGCAUCGUGCCCCUUGAGCAGGAUCUUGAACAAGGCGUCGAGGACAUUGACAUCCCCCACUUUAUGGGCCAAGUAGCCGGGUCGGUCAAGCGGAUACAGCCGGCCGCGGAGAUUGUCCAAGAGUUCGUGGACGAGGCCGUCGAAAUGCUCAAGCUCGGAGGGACGUACCUCACGGCGAGCAGCAAGCUUUGA